GUUGAACUUCGAUUAAUCGAUACCUGGCAUGAGACUAUCGACAACAUCGUCGACUUAAUUUUCCACAUGGCUGUUGAUUUGGUUUUUCGGAGCAAUACAUAGAUAUCUAUCAGAUAUUUUUGUUGGGAUGUCAGUCACGAAGGAAGCUAAGCUCAUAUUACGGAAGGAUAUUAAGAAGAUAAUCGCUCUGAUUACGCCAGAACAGAAGAAGUAUCAGUCCGAUUUGGUUACUGAGCGGUUCCUCGCAAGGCCUGAGUACCAUAAAAGUCGAAGGAUUUCUGUUUUUAUCAGCAUGGACGACGAGAUUCAGACAGAUAAAAUUAUACAAAACAUUUUUCUGUCCGGAAAAUCUUGCUUCAUCCCAAGGUACGCAGAUGACAGCCGUGCGAUGGACAUGGUGAGAUUGAAUUCCAUUCAGGACCUGGAUAGCUUGCCGACAACCAAGUGGAGCAUCAGGCAACCAGCGGAGUCCGAAGAGAGAGAAAAUGCUUUGGAAACAGGGGGGUUGGAUCUCAUUCUGGUGCCAGGGCUCGCCUUCACAGUAGCAGGCCACAGGUUGGGACGGGGCAGGGGCUACUACGACACAUUCCUCGCCAAAUGUCGGACAACCCAGGGCUCUGCGCCCCUCACUGUGGGACUGGCCUUCAGCCAGCAGAUGGUGGCUUCCGUCCCCACGGAUGAGAACGACAUCUGCUUGGAUAAGGUGCUCCACGGCUGACGGGUUCCAGACGACGGCUGAAUGACCAUUCCGCUGUGUUCGUCGGUCUCGGUGCCACAGUGGAGCCACCAGAACAGUGAAACUGUUGACCCUAGAGUUUCAGCAAACCAAGUUCGACUCUUUCUACUCUGUUUAAGCGAUCGGCGGUGAUGGAACUGAGGAACGAGAAGGCACCGGCUGGGAUUCGAACUGGGUGCAACGCAGUAUAACAAGAAGGAUUGCAAAGACAGGGCGGUAAAUUGUGACUUGUUUUGUGGAAAUAAAUUUUGUUAUAAUUUA